GCCUCACAUUGUCAGAGAAUAGUCAUAUUGUCAAAGUGAUCUCAUGUAAAAUGAGAUUGUUGUUAAACUCAGUUACUUGAAAACUUUAAUAUUAUUUAUUUCUUUUUACAUAAAUAAAUAUAAACCCACAUAUAUCAUAUUCCAAGUGCAUUUAUUAGUUUAAUACAUAAAAAUAUAUAUAAGUUAAAAUAUAUGUAUAUUAGUAUUUAUUUGUUAACCAAACUUUUACAAUCUAUAAAUUGUUAUUGACUGCUGCGUUAUUAAAAAUUACUAAUUACGGGAUUUAUGCGAAACCGGUGUCUGCAAUAACAGUGAGUGAAAGUAUUUUUUAGUAUUUUGAAUAAUUAACAGUAUUUUGAAAAUUAUGGCCCGUUCAGUUCUUCCCAGUCAACAAAAGUUGGCUGAAAAAUUAAUAAUUCUAAAUGACCGGGGUAUCGGAAUGCUAACUCGUCUAUACAACAUAAAAAAAGCCUGUGACACUAAAUCAAAGCCACCGACAGUAUUGUCUGACAAGUUACUUGAGUCGUCAAUUAAAUUGAUUGUCAGAAAAUUUCCUAACGUCGACGCCAAGGGAUUUCAGACCGUAACAAAUCUGCGAAACGAAAUAGUUAAAUCUUUGUCUCUCUACUACUAUACGAUUGUUGAUUUACUAGAUUUCAAAGACAAUGUUUGUGAAUUAUUGACAACCAUGGACGCCUGUGGAGUCUACAUGGACAUCACACUGAAUUUCGAUUUAACGAAAGCGUAUUUAGACUUAAUAACCACGUACGUUACUCUCAUGAUUUUACUGUCCAAGUGGGAGGACCGGAAAGCAGUAUUAGGUCUUUUUAAUAUAGCCUAUGAAAUGGUUAAUAAAAAAUCGGAUAACACUUUUCCUAGAUUAGGGCAAAUGAUUGUGGAUUAUGAUGUUCCGUUUAAAAAAUUGUCGGAAGAGUUUAUUCCUCAUUUAAAUCUAUUGCGAGGAGCUUUGACUUCGCUGUGGGCAAUUUAUCCGAGCAGAAACAUGACAGCAGAUAAUUGGCGCGCAGAUCAAAAAUUAAGUAUUACAGGAAGUCCGGGUAAAUUAUUAAAGGCUGCAUCAACUGACACUAUGUCUUGCGAAACCUUAAGUAUAGAUAGAGUAGAAAAGUGGAUAAUCCUAGGCUUUACGUUGUGUCACUCGAUUUUAAGCCAAGACCAGCCAAAUAAACUGUGGACUACUGCCCUAGAAUCCGGAUGGGUAUUAACGCUCUUCCGUGAUGAGGUUAUAUAUAUCCAUCAAUAUAUACAGUCUUUCUUUGAGUCAAUAAAAGGAUACAGCAAAAGAGUUUCAGAAGUUAAAGACUGUUAUAACCAGGCGAUUCAAAAGUCUGCUUUAAGACACAGAGAAAAACGGAAAUUUCUUAGAACUGCUUUGAAAGACUUGGCGCUAAUUUUGAGUGAUCAGCCAGGUCUUUUGGGUCCCAAAGCUUUGCUAGUAUUCAUGGGAUUGUCUCAUGCUAGAGACGAAAUAUUGUGGAUUUUAAGACAUGGUGACAAUCCGCCAAAUCAAGGAAAAGGCAAAGGUCGGGGAAAUGAAGAUUUAGUUGACAGACAGCUUCCUGAACUUUUAUUUCACUGUGAAGAAUUGCGUGCUCUAGUUAGAAAGUAUUCUCAAGUCCUUCAACGGUACUACGUCCAGUUUCUGUCGGGUUUUGAUGCUCCUGUACUUCAUCAAAUGAUUCAAAAUCUCUCAGGACUUCCGGAAGACGAAGGUGUCAUUCUAAGUGACUUGUGUUCGAUGAUGGCGAGUGUGACGGUUAAGCAGGUGGAAGAGCAUGAAAUGUUUGAUUUCCGUGGGUUGAGACUCGACUGGAUCAGGUUGCAAGCCUACAUGUCAGUGACUAACUGCAAUAUGAGCCUCGCAGAUAAUCGUGAGUUAGCAUCUUUUAUGGAUACCGUAAUUUUUCACACUAAAAUGGUAGAUUAUCUCGAUGAAAUGCUUAACGAUACUUCAGAUUUAUCGAUUUACUGCUUCUACAGCAAAGUUUUCGAAGAACAAUUUCACAUGUGCCUUGAAUUUCCCGCUCAAAAUAGAUACAUAAUAACUUAUCCACUUCUAUGCAGCCAUUUUCAAACUUCAACACACCAGCUUUGUCCUGAAGAACGUCAUCAUAUUCACGACAGAAGUCGUUCUAUCGUUGACAUGUUUCUCAACGAAAUGGCUAAAGAAGCUAAAAAUAUUAUCACGACUAUUUGCGACGAGCAGUGCAAUAUGAGUGACAGACUUUUGCCAAAACACUGUGCGCAAUUGAUUUCACAGGCAUUCAAUCGUAAGAAAAAAGACAAAAAUAAAAAGAACAUUUACGAAAUUCAAAAACCUGGGGUAGAAAGUUACAGGAGAACGAGAGAAGAUCUUACUACGAUGGAUAAAUUACACAUGGCAUUGACUGAACUUUGUCAUGCCAUAAACUAUUGCCCUGCAAUAAAUGUUUGGAAUAUAACAUUCGCACCCCGGGAGUACCUGAAUCAGCAUCUUGAGGCGAGAUUUUCUCGAGCUCUUGUUGGCAUGGUUAUGUUUAAUCCAGAAUCUAGCGAAAUAGCUAAGCCAUCAGAACUUGUGAUAAGUAUUAGAGCCUACAUGAAUGUACUACAGUCGGUUGAAAAUUACGUGCACAUAGAUAUUACGAGAAUUUUUAACAAUGCUUUGCUUCAACAAACUCAACCAAUUGAUAGCCACGGCGAUAAAACAAUAGCUGCUCUAUACACGCAAUGGUAUUCCGAAGUUUUAUUGAGAAGAGUUAGUGCUGGUAAUAUAUGUUACUCUGCAAACCAACGAGCAUUUGUAAGUUUAGCAAUAGAGAGCGCAGUGCCAUUCAAUGCUGAAGAGUUUACGGACAUCAAUGAGCUUAGAGCUUUGGCUGAGCUUGUGGGUCCUUAUGGUAUGAAAAUGCUCAACGAAACUCUUAUGUGGCAUAUCUCUAGUCAAGUGCAAGAACUAAAAAAGCUCGUCGCUAAUAAUAGAGAAGUUUUGAUGGCUUUGAGAACAAAUUUCGACAAGCCGGAAAUAAUGAUUGACCAGUUUAAACGUCUACAGCACGUUGAAAAUGUCUUGCAGAGGUUCACGAUAAUUGGCGUGAUUCUCAGCUUCAGGCAGCUCGCGCAGGAUGCGUUGAAUGAUGUCCUGGAAGACCGGAUUCCCUUUCUCUUGAGUUCGAUCGCUGAUUUGCGACAUCAGCUGCCUUCAGAUGAUCCGAUGAAUUUGGUUUCCGAAAUGACUUCGGCCGUCGGGUUGACGUGCAAAGUUGACCCGACUCUCAUCAAUGCGCUUAAAACUCAAUCAACAGAAGUUGGAAUGGAAGAAGAAGAACAUUUGUCUGUUUGUCUUCUGAUGGUCUUUGUCGCCGUUUCUAUUCCAAAAUUAGCUCGCAAUGAAAAUUCAUUUUAUCGCGCGUCGCUAGAGGGGCAUUCUAAUAAUAUUCACUGCAUAGGAACUGCUGUAAAUAAUAUAUUUGGUGCGCUUUUUACGCUGUGCGGUCAGAAUGACAUCGAAGAUAGAAUGAAGGAGUUCUUGGCGUUGGCCUCAUCCAGUUUGUUGAGACUUGGUCAAGAAAAUGACAAGGAAACUAUCAAAAACAGAGAGUCUGUUUAUCUGCUGCUCAAUGAGAUUGUUCAGGAGUCGCCGUUCUUAACAAUGGAUCUUUUGGAAAGUUGCUUCCCUUAUGCGCUUAUACGAAAUGCAUAUCACGAUGUAUGCAAGAUGGAACUCCAGAUUUGAAGAUAACUCAAUGGUUAAGUUAAUAGUGAUUAAAGACUGAUAAUACUUUCCAUAAAUGUCAAAAUUAUUACGUAUUGUUGCACAAUAGAUAGCAUUUUAAGCAUUAAGGUAAUUUACUAUAUUAUUUUAUAAAUCUAUCUGCUUGUA